AUGAGCCAGCCUUGGGCCCGGAGCGAGGCGAUGCUGGUCCUGCUGGUUUGGGGGUGGGUGGCGGGCGGGCCGGGGGCGUGGGGCCGCGUGUACCGGCUGCGCCUGGCGGUGGACGAGGGGCUGCCGGCGGGCACGUUGGUGGGGGCCAUCGGGGCCGGGCUGCCGCCGGGGCGCCGUUGGGCGGCGGGCGGGUUCCUGCUGUCGGAGGCGCCGCCCGACCUGCGGGUGGAGGCGGGCACGGGGCUGAUCCGCACGGCGCGGCGGCUGGACCGCGAGCGGCGGGCCCGCUACGCCUUCGCCGCGGCCACCCGGCGGGGCGCCGUGGUGCGGGUGGCCAUCGCCGUGAAGGACGUGAACGACCACCCGCCCCGCUUCCCGCGGCCCGCCGUGGCGCUGCGGGUGUCGGAGGGCUGCCCGCCGGGCACGGCCUUCCGCCUGCCCGCCGCCAGGGACCCGGACGCGGGGCUCUUCUCCACGCAGGGCUACGCCCUCCUGUCGCCCGGCGACGGCCCCCUCCGGUCGCCCGGCAACGCCACCUUCCGGUUGCCCGGCAACGCCACCCUCCCGUCGCCCGGCAACGCCCCCCUCCGGUUGCCCGGCAACGCCCCCGGACUCGAUCCCUCGCCGUUCCGGCUGCGCUACGCGGGUCCGGAGCCGCUGGAGCUGGUGCUGGCGCGGGGGCUGGACCGCGAGGCGGCGGCGGGGCACCGGCUGCUGAUCGAGGCGUGGGACGGGGGCCGCCCCCGCCGCAGCGGGAGGCUGCGGGUGCACGUGCGCGUCCUGGACGAGAACGACAACCCGCCCGUGUUCGAGCGCGGCCACUACCUGGCCGCCGUGCGGGAGGACGCCCCGCCGGGCACGGCCGUGUGCCGGGUGCGCGCCACCGACCGCGACCGGGGCCCCAACGGGCGCGUGCGCUACCGGCUGCGGCCGGGCCCCGCCGGGCCCUUCUUCUCGGUGGGGGCGCGCAGCGGCCUGGUGCGGCUGCGGAGGCCGCUGGACCGGGAGGCCCGCGCCCGCCACCGGCUGCUGGUGGAGGCCCGGGACGGCGGCGCCCCGCCCGAGGCGGCCGGCGCGGCCGUGGCGGUGGCCGUGCUGGACGUGAACGACAACCGGCCCGCCAUCCGCCUGCUCUUCCUCACCGAGGGCGGCGGGGCGCGGGUGUCGGAGGGGGCGCGGCCGGGGGACUACGUGGCGCGGGUGUCGGUGGCGGACGCGGACGAGGGCGCCGGCGGGGGCCCCGGCCGGCUGGCCCUGGAGGGCGGCGGCGGCGCCUUCGCCCUGUGGCCCGGCGCCGGCCCCGGCGUCUUCUUCCUCCGCGUGGCCGCGCCCCUGGACCGCGAGCGCCGCGACCGCUACGAGCUGCGGCUGGUGGCCACGGACGGCGGGGUGCCGCCGCUGCGCGCCCGGCGGCGCCUGGCCCUGCGGGUGACCGACCUCAACGACCAGCCGCCGCGCUUCGGCCGGGCCGCCUACGGCGCCGCCGUGUCCGAGGCGGCCGCCCCGGGCACCGCCGUGCUGCGCCUGCGGGCCACGGACGCCGACCAGCCGGGCACGGCCCAGGCGAGCCUGCGCUACGCCCUGUUGCCGGGCCCGGGCCCCUCCGGCCCCUCCGGCCCCGACGUCUCCGUGCCCUUCGCCAUCGAGCCGUCCAGCGGGCUGGUCCGCACCACGCGGGCCCUGGACCGCGAGGCGCAGCCGCUGGUGGAGCUGUGGGUGGUGGCCCGGGACCUGGGCGAGCCGCCGCUGUCCGCCACCUGCCGCGUCCGCGUGGCCCUGCGGGACGUCAACGACAACGAGCCCCGCUUCCAGCGCCGCCGCUACGCCGCCUCCCUGCCCGAGCACGCCCCGCCCGGACACUGCUUCCUCCAGGUGAACGCAACUGAUGCUGAUGCGGGCCAGUAUGGCCGUAUCGAAUAUUUUCUUUAUGAUGGAUACCACAACUAUGAAAAAUCGCAAGCUUUCCAGAUUGAUCCACACACUGGCCAUGUCUGUGUGUCUCAAGAUAUUGACAGGGAGAGUGAUCCAGUCACAUACGAUCUCUUGGUGAAAGCUAAAGAUGGGGGUGGGCUAAGUGCCCAAGCAUUUGUUCAUGUUGAGGUGGAAGACGUGAAUGAUAAUCAACCGGUCUUCAACCCAACGAGCUACGUGACAAGCAUUAGUGGCCACACACAGCCAGGCUCAGAGAUCCUCAAUGUCAUUGCCAGGGACAAGGAUUCUGGAGUGUAUGGAACCGUGACUUAUGAGUUGGUGCCCGGAGAGCUGUCUUCCCUUUUUACAAUCGACUCUUCAACAGGAAUCAUUUAUUUAGUAUCAGUUCUUCAACAUUUGGAAUCCACCAGUGUGUCUUUGACUGUAUCUGCCCGAGAUGGCGGUGGUCUCUCCUCUGCCAUUAAUGCAGAUGUCAUAAUCAACAUCCUUCCGACCGCUUUGGCCCCUGCUGUGUUUGAGAGGUCUGAGUAUAUUUUCUCAGUUCCGGAAGAUAUCCCUGAAGGCAGUCUAGUUGGAACGGUGAAAGCCAGGGAGCCCUUGAAUUCUUUGGAGACCAUCUCUUAUCGAAUUUCCUCUGGUGAUCCUUCCAGAAGUUUUUCCAUUGAUCCACAGUUUGGUGUCCUUCGCACCAGAAGACAGCUGGACUAUGAAACACAGUCUCUGAUUGUGCUCACAGUCCAAUCACAGCUCGGCAAUUCCCCCAUAUAUAGUAGCACUCAAGUCAAUGUGAACAUUAUUGACAUCAAUGACAAUUCUCCAGUGUUUCUCCUGGAGUCUGAUAACGUAACAAUAUUGCAAAGCACAUUGCCUGGCUCAGCUUUCUACAUUGCUCGUGCAGAAGACCGAGACAGCGGACUCAAUGGAUUAAUCCAAUACACUAUUACAAGCCAGACACCAAAUAUCUUCACUAUUGACUCAAGACUUGGAAUUGUAUACCUCAAUGGAACGCCACCUGAAAAUACCCAGCACAAAUCUACUCUUUGUAUUGUGGCUAAAGACCUAGGGAUGCCUCCGCUGAAGUCCCUGUUAACGCUGACAGUGAUUGUGGAGAAGCAAGACUUCAUCUCGGCCUUGACUUUUGAAAAUUUGGUCUAUGAGAUAGAAGUCAGUGAGUAUCUUUCCCCGGCAGCCCAAGUACUUCAAGUGCAGGCUUAUCUGUUGGUUCCCCAUCCUGCUGCUUCUCAGAUAGUGUACUCCUUAGAACCCAGCCCAGGUUCUGCUGCGUUUAGCAUCAACCCUUACACUGGUGAGAUUUAUCUGCGGAGGCAACUGGAUUACGAGUCCAUAAAGAUACACAGUUUUAGAGCAUUUGCUCAUGGUCUGAACCACAGGGCAGGGCAGAACACCAGUACAUCAGUAACUGUUCAUGUCCUGGAUGAGAAUGACAAUUCCCCAGCCUUCUUGCAAGAAGCCUACUUUUGGAAAGUUGAAGAAAGCCCCGUCCCUCGUGGGGUAAUUGGCAUCAUUGCAGCAACGGAUAUAGACUCUGGUCGAAAUGGACAACUGUCGUAUUUCCUUUUGUCUGAUGGAAAAUAUUUCAAGAUGAAUCCCAGCACAGGUGAAAUUAUAAAUUGGUUUUCAUUAGAUCAUGAGCAUCAAGCCCACCACCAGCUCUCUGUACUAGUGAUUGACCACGGAAACCCGUCACACAAUGCCACCGUGAUGGCUUAUAUUUCAGUUACCGACCUCAAUGAUAACAAACCACAAUUCCCUCAAUUUCCCCCAGAAAACGAGAUAAGCAUCAAGGUUUUAGAAGGCCAGCCAGCAGAUGUUUUUGUUACUACAGUAUUUGCAAAGGAUCCUGAUGCAGGAAAUAAUGGAGAAGUUUCAUAUUCAAUAUCUUCAGAGGAGAGUUUAAACCACUUUAAGAUGGAUGUCAACAGUGGUGAAAUCAGAACGACAACAAUUCUUUCAUAUAAUCACCAGCCUAAUUACAGAAUGACCAUAACUGCAAGAGAUCAAGGAAUUCCUCCUCUUCAAGGAUAUGUAGUCAUAAACAUUCAGGUUAUCCCACUAUCCAAGGAGAGAUCGCUUAGUUCUCAGCAUAUCAGAAACGUGGUCUUACCAGAAAAUUUUAAACCUGGCCAAGUAAUGAACUUGAUAAAGUCCUUUGAAAAUCUUCAAAAGCAUGAAAGCAAGAUACAUUUCAGUAUUGCGGAAGAAGACAGAGAUGGAUAUUUUGAAGUUGAGAGCUCAUCAGGAGACUUGUUUCUUUUGAAGCAACUCGACUAUGAAGUGACAUCUCAUUACCUUCUUCGGGUGAUCAUGAAAGACCAUAACCAAAAUCCUCCACUGAAUAGCAUGUUAUUCCUUAGUAUCGAUGUGGAAGACCAGAAUGAUCAUUCCCCUUCUUUCAAAGAUGAUUUCAUAGUGAUCAGUGUAGAAGAGAAUGUCCCCGUAGGCACACUGGUAUAUACAUUCAAUGCCAAAGAUGGUGAUGGCAGUUUUCUAAACAGCAAAAUCCAGUACUUCAUUGAAGCAAAGAGUCUGAGUGAGAAUCCAUUCCUCAUCCACCCAUCACUGGGCACCCUGGUCACCGCAACUCCGUUAGACAGAGAAGUCCUGCAGUCAGUCGUCCUCGUAGUGACAGCAUCGGAUCAGGCAGUGAAUGUAACCGACCGGAGAGUGAGAGCCCUGGCUGCAAGAAUUUUGAUCUUGGAUGUCAAUGACAACAGCCCCGAUUUUGCGUCCGCCCCCGUUGUUAACAUCCCUGAAGAAACAGAAGCCGGUUCUCUUGUGCAUCGCGUAGUUGCCAAGGAUCCAGAUGAAGGAAGGAAUGGAAAAGUCACGUAUCAUCUCCUCUCAGGAAAUGAAAAGGAAACCUUUAUGCUUGACAGAACAUCAGGACUGCUAACUACUACUUGUCCUCUGGACUAUGAGACCCAAAAAUACUACAUCCUGACUGUCUUGGCACUGGAUGACGGCUUGCCUGCUCUCUCUGUCACUCAGACUUUGACAGUUACUGUUCUUGACAUUAACGAUGAGGCGCCAGUUUUUAAAAAACUCUCGUAUGAAGCUACAGUGCCCGAAAACCAAGGGCCCGGACAGCUUGUCACAAAGGUGGAAGCCCUGGAUAGAGAUUCAGGAAUCAAUUCUGAGCUUCAGUUUGAAAUCCUACCAGGGGCCUUUUUUGGGUUGUUCCAGGUAAAUUCGAAAACUGGAGAAGUGGUGACAGCAACUUCAUUUGACAGAGAGGUGCGAGAGACAUUCACCCUUAGAGUUCUGGUGCAAGAUGGUGGAAUCCCUCCUCUCUCCAGCACCACAACGAUUCUCUGCACUGUGGAAGAUGAAAAUGAUCAUGCUCCAAGGUUUAUCCUUCCUAUUCCUGAGAUCCGCGUUCCAGAGAACCAAGAACCAGAGAUUAUCUAUACCAUUUUAGCCAAAGACAUGGAUUCAGGGAAUAAUGGAGCAAUCCAGUAUGAGAUAAUUGGGGGAAAUACUGAAGAAUAUUUUACCCUCAACCACACUUCAGGAGAGCUCUCACCCUCCCGCAGCCUUGACCGGGAAGAUGUUAGCAAUUUCACUCUCAUCAUUGAGGGCCGUGACUUGGGCAACCCACCCAGAAGUUCUUCAACCCAGAUACAAGUGACCAUCUUGGAUGACAAUGACCAUAGCCCUGCCUUCCCUUUUCCCCAUUAUCACAUCUCUGUGAGGGAAGACCUUGAAGUAGACUCAGUCAUUCUCACACUCUCUGCUACAGAUGAAGAUGAAGGUCUGAACAGACAGAUCAUGUACUCUCUGUGUGAUGCUGAUGCUUUUACCAUUGACAGUGUGACUGGCACUUUAAAAGUGACAAAGUCUCUGGACCGGGAAACCAAGUCCCAGUAUUUUUUCAGGGUCAUGGCCAGUGACUGUAGCAUUCAGGGCCCACGAAGCACCGUAGUCAAUGUAACGGUACAGGUGGAGGAUGUGAAUGACAAUAAUCCCGUUUUUGAGCAGAACCCCUUGAAUGCCUUUGUGUCCCUUGAAAUGGCUCUAAACCAGACUAUUGCCAUAGUAAAAGCUACGGACGCAGACCUGGGACUCGGUGGAUCUGUGGAAUUUAGUUUUGCAGAAGCUGACCCCAGGUUUCACAUCGAUGGACAUUCAGGAGAAGUUAGACUUCAAAAGUUCCAGGCUUUGGAAAGUUUCCCUAUCUGGCUGCUUGUUAAAGCUGAGGAUCGGGGAGACCCAGCUAGAGCGUCCAUGUGUUUCCUGGUCAUUCAUAUGGAGGACCAAGAGAUGGGGAUAUCAUUCAGCCGCAGUCUGUAUGAAGGAACGGUAACUGAAAACUGUGAGGCAGGUACCUCUGUUGUGACCGUAGAAGCUUCUGCUCUUAAUUCAAGGGGAACAGCAUUAACUUACUGGAUUUUGAGUGGAAACGAAGAUGGGGCUUUCUUCCUGGACACCAACACAGGUGAACUCACUGUGAAAGAACCUAUGUUUCUGGAUUUUGAGGUCAGAAAUGAAAUUCAUCUUCUUGUUUUGGCUGAAAAUCACCAGCAUAGAGCACACUGCAAAGUUACGGUUCUAGUGCAAGAUAUGAAUGAUAACGUUCCAAGCUUUGAGCAAAGCAGUUACCAGGCAUCAGUGUGGGAAGGCCAGCUCUACAAUGCUUAUGUUAUGCAGGUUUUUGCUUCUGACAUGGACAGUGGAUUGAAUGGGCAAAUUGAAUAUUCCAUCCUGUCUGGGAAUCUAAAUGAUACAUUUCAAAUUGACUCAAAGAGUGGUGUCAUAACAACAAAUGCAAUUCUGGAUUAUAAUCUCGCCACCUCCAACAGGUUGGUGAUACAAGCCACAGAUAAAGGGUUACCCAGGCUUUCUGGUACAAGUGUGGUCGUGAUACAGGUGGUGGAUAUAAAUAAUAACGCCCCAGUCUUUCUACCAUCAGAUCCUGUGAAAGUAGCAGAAAAUGCCUCGCCUAGUUACAUUGUCACUCAGGUAUCAGCUUAUGAUGGGGACUUGAGCCCAGCUCUAGCCUUCAGUUUCACCAAGGAAGGUAAUCCUGGAACCAAAUUUGCUAUUGAUCCAGUCACUGGAAAAAUAAUGCUGGUGAAGCCAUUGGAUUUUGAAGAAACAGCCGAAUAUGAGCUGCAGAUUCAAGCUUCGGAUUCAGUGCACCACACAGAAACUGCUGUCAGAGUCCACGUUUUAGAUGUCAAUGACAAUCCACCAGAAUUUAUUCAAGAUUCCUAUCAGGUCACAAUACCUGAAUUGACACCUGUGGGAUCCUUUGUCUUGGCUGUGUCUGCCACCGACAGAGACUUGGGCAGAAGUGGAGUAAUUUCCUAUAAAAUCAUUUCCUCCUGUGAAGAAUUUUCUAUUGAUCUUAAGAAUGGCUCAAUAUUUACUGCCAAGACUGAUAUGCAUCUUGAAAAAAAAUCAUUUCAGUGUCUCAUAGAAGCUAGAGACAAUGGAAUCCCUGCUUUGACAGCCAUAACUUUAGUGAUCAUAGAUAUUAAAGAUGUAAACAAUUAUGCCCCAGUGUUCACAGCGGCACAUUAUAAUUUCAGUGUGAGUGAAGAUGCUGUCAUCGGAAGCCUCCUUGCCACAUUUUCAGCUAUUGACCAUGACUGGACCCGUGAGAACACAGAUGUUGACUAUUCUAUUUUCCAUGGCAAUACCCAGAACCAAUUCCUUGUGGAAACGAGAACUGUCCAGUCAGAAUAUUCUUUUAAAAAGGUGGGUCACCUUGUGCUGAGUCGGACUCUGGACCGAGAGACUGCUCCAAGCCAUCGCCUUGUCAUUCUAGCAUCUGACUGUGGCCACCCUCCAUUGACCGCCACAGCUACCGUAGUGAUAAGUGUACUUGAUACUAAUGAUAAUCCACCUGUAUUCCGCACUCCAGAACAUCAUGUCCACAUCAGAGAAAAUAUUCUCCCGGGGAGUCCUAUCGCAGUCAUCUCGGCAAAUGAUUGUGACUCAGGACCCAACGGUGAAGUCACCUACACAUUAAUCUCUGGAAAUGAAAAGGGCCAUUUCCAUUUAGAUGAAAAAACGGGAGCUGUAGAUUUGAUUAAAUCUCUAGAUUAUGAGGAAACCACCAAAUUCACUCUGACCCUGCAAGCUUCAGAUGAAGGCUCAAAAAAUGUUGCUUUCUCAGUUAUCUUUGUCAGUGUUCUGGAUGAUAAUGAUCACGCUCCGCAGUUUGUGCUCCCCAUCUUGAAGUCUGUUGUUUAUGAAAACCUGCCCAGUUUUUUCACUGUGUGCACAAUUAAUGCCUUGGAUUUUGACACAGGCCCUUAUGGACAUCUGACUUAUUCCAUUCAGUCUUCCUGUAUGCAGGAUCCUGGUGUGCCUCACGAUCAUGAAAUGUUCAGUAUUGACCCAUUAACGGGAGAAGUCCGGGCAAGGCAAAUACUCGACUAUGAAAGUCAGAGCCACUAUUGUUUCGUAGUUCAGGCCAAAGACAAAGGUGCCUCAACAGCUACCUUAACAGUUCAAGUGGAUAUCGAAGGGGCAGAUGAAUUCGAACCUGUUUUCACCCAAGAUGAGUAUCAUUUUCAUCUCCCACAGGUCACUGAAAUAGGACACAUUGUUGGCAAGGUGGCAGCAUCUGAUGCCGAUGCUGGUGAAGACGGCAUUGUCCUUUAUUUCCUUGACGUGCCUUCUCAAUUCUUUUCUGUGAAUGAAACCAAUGGAAACAUUUAUGUAACUGGGCUCCUCCCCCUCAGGAAAACCCUCAAGAAAGAUGAAACUAUUGAAUUGAUUGUCCUAGCACACAGCCCCAAGCCAAACUCUAAGUCUACUACCUGUAAAAUUCUUGUGAAUGUACCUUCGUCUCCAGAGAGCUACUGGACAAUGACAGCAAAUAGCCUUUCUAUUAGCCUUAUGAUCUCUUCUGUAGUAUUCCUCUUGUUGACCAUCAGUUUCAUUGCACUAAUUUGGAGAUUCAGGCAAAAAUAUGUGACGAAUUCCCGUGCGAAAAAAAGGGCACCAUCUCCUCCAGCUAUUGAUUCGAGCCUCACUGUUGACAUUAAUGGUCCGAAAGGUCCCCAGAAAUUCCGAGAGCGCAACAACAGUUUGCUUCCCUUGGGUUCGGCAUCAGAAUGGAUGAGUUUAGUGGACACCAGAGAGACAAAGCAUCUGAGUAAUCCAUGCAGGCACUCGAGCUCAAGUGGUCAUGGUUCCACUGAAGGAGAGACCACUGCAGAUGAAGAAAUCAAGACAAUAAAUGGGCACCCAUGCCGAAAAGGCGCCAGUUCAGUGCUAAGUGAACGAGGGUCUCGGGUGCCAGACUCGGGAAUCCCCCGGGACUCGGACUGGUUCUCAUGCCAGUCUGAGGAAAUGGAUGUGGUGCGCACUACUGACACUGUUGAAAGUGUCCGUGCCUUCAGAGGGGACGGUGAAGACUGUACAACCAAUUCUUCUUGCAGCAGAGGGUUGAAGGAAAAAUAUAUCUUGGUGGAUGGCAGGAGAGAUUGUCUCUUUAUCCCAAGGGUUCAAGACGCACGAGAUGGCACUCUGGCCAUGGUUGUAGCUUCUGACGAGGAUCUGAGAGGGAGCUAUAACUGGGAUUACCUCCUUAGCUGGGAACCUCGGUUUCAGCCUCUCGCCUCCGUGUUCGGUGAUAUUGCCAAGCUGGAGGAUGAACAUUUGCAGGUGCCUGGUUUUCUAAAGGAGAAGAAAUCCUUUAUCUUCCCUGCUCCCCUAAUAACAUCUGUUGCCCAGCCUGACAUAAGGGCAGUUCCACCACAUAUGCCAACUCUAACCCUAGGGAAAACAUUCCAAAAAUACCCUCGUUCACCCCUGGUCCAGCAUCGUGACUAUCUGCUGUCAGCAAUGACACCCAGUUUCUCUCCGUCAGUCUCUUUGCUGACCAUGCAGACUCCUACAGCAUCACCAAUAUUACCAGAUAUGAGUCUGUUUGGAGCCCAUUCAAGUGGUUCAUCUCAUGGCCCCGAAACUUAAAAUUCAAUCAGAAAUAUUAUAAGACAUGAACGGGACACUGCGCACAAUAAAACACUGUUGGCCAUUGAUGAAUGAACAAAGUAUAGGAUUCCCAAGUUAGUUCAUCAGGGUUGAUUUAAUUUUUACAUAAGAAAGGGUGACAUAUCUUAGUCUUGAGUUUUUAUUGCAACCUUACUGUAUUCUGUAAAAUCUUUCCCCCAUAGGGAGAAGAUGCAUCUUUCCUAAUUUUUAUUUUUCGCUCCCACACUGAUGUUUUCUGAAAAGUGCUGCCCUGUCCGAAACUACUGGCUUUCAGAAUGGAAAAGGGUCUUUCUGAACAGGCAAAAGUGAUUGCCAAAUAAUUUAAGGUAGAAACAAAAUGCAGGGCUCUAUAGGUCCAUUCCAGCACAUCACUCUCAAUGACAGUCUCCACUGCCUCCAUUAAGACCCUCAUUAGAUUGUAAGGUCCUUGCAGACAAGGAUCAUGUUUACCAAGCAUUGAGUACAUAGCUCUGUCCCACAGUAAGCACUAAAUAAAUAAUAACGAUUGAUGGCAAGGACCUAGUUCGGUGCUCUUGCAUCCAGUAGGCACCCAAUAAAUACUAGUGAAUCAAUUAAUAAAAUUUAAAAUUGGUUUUAAAGUAAAACUGGAUACUGAAAAGUACAAGUUAGGUAAAAAGAAAAAAUGAGUUUAGUAAAAUUUUGGUAAUCCCUGCCUCUUUCAAAUUUAGUUUCCAUAAUAAGAGACUUACCCCCAUGAGUAAACUAAUUUCUGGAUCCUUUCUCUAUAUCAGCUUGCUGUUGGAGGCCUCUCUCGAGAAUUAUGUCCUUUCUAAGGGAAAGAUAAUGAGAAAAGAAGAAUGGAAUUAGAUAUAUGGUGGUGCCAAGAAAAAUCAGGAAAGAGUUGGGAAACAAUUGUCUGUUGAGUGAUCAAGACUGUAAAGUCUGGACCCAAACUGUGUUUGAGAAUACUUGGGAACAAUAGGGUUCCCACCUCACAGAGUUUCAAAACAUGCUUUCUUGGGCCUAUUUCCAGUGAGAGCAAAAUAUGUUUCCUCUUUUUUUUUUUUUUGGCCUGGACACAGGGCACAUGUAAAUAUAUUGAAGCUUCAAAAUUAAUUUAUGGAAAUUCAUUAAUUCAAUUAUUUUUUUCUUUUAAAAGGUUGCUUUUGAUAAAAAAAAAAUACAAAUAAUAAUGUUGUACAAUGAAUCAGUAGAAAAUAUAUGCCCAUUAAAAAUAAAUGUAAGACUCUGUU